AGGGCGGCGGCGCACUCUGCACCAUGGCGUACCCCGGACACCCUGGUGCCGGUGGCGGGUACUACCCAGGUGGGUAUGGAGGGGCUCCCGGAGGGCCUGCGUUUCCCGGACAAACUCAGGAUCCGCUGUAUGGUUACUUUGCUGCAGUAGCUGGACAGGAUGGGCAAAUAGAUGCUGAUGAAUUGCAGAGAUGCCUGACACAGUCGGGCAUUGCUGGAGGAUACAAACCUUUUAACCUGGAGACUUGUCGGCUUAUGGUUUCAAUGCUGGAUAGAGAUAUGUCAGGCACAAUGGGUUUCAGUGAAUUUAAAGAACUCUGGUCUGUACUGAAUGGCUGGAGACAGCACUUCAUCAGCUUUGACAGCGACAGGAGUGGAACAGUGGAUCCUCAAGAACUUCAGAAGGCCCUGACGACAAUGGGAUUUCGGUUGAGUCCCCAGGCCGUCAAUUCAAUUGCAAAACGAUACAGCACCAAUGGAAAGAUCACCUUCGAUGAUUACAUAGCCUGUUGCGUCAAACUGCGAGCUCUAACAGACAGUUUUCGAAGACGGGAUACUGGUCAGCAAGGUGUUGUGAAUUUCCCAUAUGAUGAUUUCAUUCAGUGUGUCAUGAGUGUUUAAAUCAAGAGGAGGCUGUAUGAAUACAAUCGACAUUCCAGCUUUAGUUCUCUUGUUCUUUCUCCUUGCCUUCAUAAUGUGUGUAAACUUGCAUUGCCACUUUUCCUUAACAGCUCUUGUUAAGGUUUAUUACUUUAUGUACAUCUGAAGUUUUGUUUUCAAUUUAAAUAAUAAAUAAAUUCCUUGAAAUUUUAUUAAUAUUUAAGAUCAGGUCUCUUACGCCAUUUAGAACUUCCUUGAGCCAUUGUCAUACGCCUUAUUUUUUUUGCUAAACCUCUCUAAUGUAAACUUAAGUGUGCAAAAUGUUUAAGGCACAUUAUAUAUCUGUCAUUGUAGGACACUAAAACCUUUCAUCAGGCUACAGCUGUUGUCAUUCCUCUCCCAGAAGGGCUUUUUGCCUGGUAUUGAAAGCCUUAUAUGUGGAGUAGCCUUAUGUAAAAUGUUUUAGACCUACUUGGAUACAAAAAACCAUGCAAAUCGAUGUCAUGGUUCAUGUUAGUGGAAACUUGCACAGGCUUUAAGGCUUAUAGACUUUUCGAUGGCCAUAUGAAUGGACAGGGAACAUGAGUGAUUAUUUUCUGCCUCUUGGAAACCUAUUGAAUAAUUUGAGUGGUAAACACUGUCACCAAGAUCUUUGUCAUCAUCCAUGUAAACCUUUGUUAACAAUGCUUAAAAAGCGUGUACAUUAUGAGCUUAACUAUGUAUAAAAGAAAAUUGAUAGAAAAAGACUAUGGGAAUAUAUGAAAAUAUAAACUGGUUAUUUUUGGCUAAUAGGGUUCUAGGAGAUUUUCGUUUCCUUUAUACAUUUCAGUAUUUUCCAAGUUUUCUACAAUGUGUGCUUUCCUUUUAAAAUCAGAUGUUAAUUUUUUUAAAUAUUGAUAUUUCCAUUUGGAUAUGCCAUGUAUUCACACUUACAUUUAAAAAUAUAUACAGCAAAAGGAAAAAAAAUACCAAAAUGUCUGUGUGACUGCCACUGGAAGUCAGGAUCAUGAGUUUAUUUUCUUCCUUCCUACUAUUUUUCCACACGUUCUCUGAUAAGCAACUAUUACAUUUAUAAUGGAAGUCUUUUUUAAAAAAAAUUUUUAAACCAUGUGCUUUCAAGUAAGAUUUGGAUUCUCAUGCUGGCUGUGCCUCUUACUAAAUAUGUGGUUUGAUCAUUUUAGAUAAUCUCAGAGCCUCAGUUUCUCUGUCUUUAAAAAAGGAGAUAAUUUUACCUCCUAAGGUAGAUCUGAACAUGAAAAAGUGUGUUGGUUUAAUGGUACCAAUAAUGUUUCUGUUUCUCAAGUUUAAAGCUGGCCUGGUUUGCGCUUUUUUGCAAGAGAGCUUAACAGAUAAAAUAAUGAAAUUAGCCUGUUUUUUCCCCGCCAGCAGAACACCUGUCUAAUUUUAAGGCACAAUGUGAGAGUUACCAUUCUGAUGAUCAAUUGGUUGGCAACCAAGGAAAAUAAAACAUUUCUAAGCAUC